AUUCCAAUAAACCCAGUGGUCGCGGUGCAAAUUAAAUAUUUUAAGACGUUAACUCCCUAUUAGUCGAAGAGGUCAAAGUUAGAAAGUCUAAAGGAGGAGCUUAUGAGGUCACAGGUUGCAAGCAAAGCUGAAAGAUGGCGGAUAAAGAGAAAAAGAAGAAGGAGAGUAUAUUCGACUUGUCCAAGUACAUCGAUAAAACCAUCCGUGUGAAAUUUCAAGGAGGGCGAGAGGCAAGCGGAGUGCUUAAAGGUUUCGAUCCUCUUCUGAAUCUCGUGUUGGAUGGCACUAUAGAGUACAUGAGAGAUCCCGAUGACCAGUACAAACUAACAGAGGACACCAGGCAGCUGGGCUUGGUGGUGUGUCGGGGGACAUCGGUGGUGCUCAUUUGCCCCCAAGAUGGCAUGGAGGCAAUUCCAAACCCAUUCAUCCAGCAACAGGAUGGCUAGUGGAGUCCACUGUCACAUUUUCUUCCAUUCUCUCCCUUCUGCAAUCACACAGAGCCCUCCCUGCAUCUGCCGCGGGCAAAUGAGUGUUUUCACGUUUACUCAUAAAUAGCCAGUUACUUACCCAGGCUUAAGCUGUUAGUGGCGUUAUAGUAUUGCACUAAAAUAUGGAGAGAAACAAUUGUACAUAGCAGUUGGUUUACACUUUUUAAUUUAGCACUGCGAUGGAAAAAUUUGAUUUAAAUUUGUCUGACGUCAUUUGAGUUUUCACUUGUAUCCAGAGAGAUUUGAGUUGUGACUUUUUCUGGACACACAGCUAUCUGGAAAAUGUACCCUUCAGUUUGUACUCAUUCUUUUAAUGUGCAAAUAGAAAUUUGAUAAAUUG